GCAGACAUCAACAUGUUGAAAUUGGUCAUAUUCUUGCUCUCAACAGCUUGGAUAGCAUAUGGGGCUACUCUACAAGGCGACGAUAAAGUAGCACCUUUUAGCAAAGACAAUGGUGAAGACAACUAUAAAGUGUCGUCUUUAAGCGGAGAUAGUGGUGAAGACGAUGAUGAAGAAAUGUCUUCAUUUGAAGACAACAGUGAAAUUAGAAAAAAACGUUCAAUUGAAGCUAAUGCUGAAGAAGACGAUGAAAUAGCUCCGUUGCCUUCUAGUGAAGGCAACGGAGAAGGAGACGGUGAAGAAGUACCUUCAUUUAGCAACAAUGAAGUCGACACUAAAAUAGUAGGAGGUAAAAAAGCACCAGACGGAGCGUACCCACACCAAGUAUCGCUAAAGAGAAGCACUUGGACGGAAUUCCACUUCUGCGGCGGAUCCAUCAUCUUCCCAAAAUGGGUGUUAACAGCUGCCCAUUGCACGAAAGAUUUACAGGCUGAAGAAAUAACAGUACUAGCUGGAACGAACACAAUUUCGUCAGGCGGCUCCAGAUAUGAAGUAGCCCAAAUAGUAAAUCAUGAGAAAUUUAAUAGAUCAUCGUUGGUUAACGAUAUCGCACUUCUUGAGACAAAAAAUGAAUUCGAGUUCGGCCCGAAAAUCGCUCCCAUAGCCUUGGCAUCAAAGGAAACCCCCGUUGGAACAGAAACAACAGCGGUUGGAUGGGGAGUCAUUCGUAACAGAAAUGUGUUACCGGACGAUUUACAAAUGCUAACUAUGUAUACAGUAUCUUUGGAUAAAUGUAUAGAAGCCUACCAGAGAUGGCAGAAUCAAAAUCCAUUAUCAGAGAGCCAAAUAUGCGCACAAUUGAGACCACGAACAGCUACAUGUUCGGGUGACUCUGGUGGUCCUCUUAUUGCUGAUGAUGAGAUCAUAGGCAUUGUGUCUUAUAACAUUAAACCUUGUGGUCAAGACUAUCCAGAUGUAUUCGCUAAGGUGUAUUCUUUCGUCGAUUGGAUAAAAGAUAAAGUUGGUUCAGAAUAAUGAAGAACAUUCAGAAUGAAUUUACCAGAAUAAAGAUAUAGUAUCCAUUGUGUAUUAAUCAAUGAAUAAAAUAUUAUCAUU